AUGGCGCACGUUCCCUCCACCGAUGCAUCAGCAGGCCCACCGCCUCCCACUGAGCCUCCCAACGCAGGUGCCACAGCGUCGUCGAUCCAUCACUACGCUAUUCGCUUACCACCUUUCUGGAGCCACAACCCCACCGUGUGGUUUUUACAAGUCGAAUGCCAGUUUGCGUUAAGCGGCAUCACCUCCCAGCUGGCCAAGUUUCGGCAUGUGGUGAGCGUCCUGCCCCAGGAAGUUGCCGCCCAGCUCAUCGAUGUUCUCGCCGCGCCCCCCCGCCGCAAACCCGUACGACGCUCUCAAGGCUGCCCUGCUCGAACGGACCACCGCCUCCGAGCGAAAGCGCUUCCAGGAGCUUUUGUCAGCCGAAGAUCUGGGCGACCGCCGACCGACAGAACUCCUGCGUCACAUGCAGAACCUUCUCGGAGAGCGAGCAGCAAGCUCGUUCGAUGCAAGCUGCACGUUCGAUGCAACGUUCGUUCGAUGCACGUUCGUUCGAUGCACGUUCGUUGCACGUUCGAUGCAAGCUUCCUGAAGCAGCUGUUCCUACAACGACUCCCACCAACGGUCCAGAUGAUCCUCACGUCCACUUCAACACUCUCGCUUCCGGAAUUGGCACUCCUGGCCGACAAAGUAAUGGAGGUUGCCCUCCAUUCCAUCUCUGCAAUUCCACCUGCGGCAAUCACAAAUCCUCCCAUCCGUCCACACCCUCAGGCCUGUCCACCCACUGCUCUGCCGCCCGCGGACCCCAUUGUCCAGCUCCGCGAGGAUUUCGAGCGCCUAUCUGCUAUGGUGGCGUCCGCUGUUGCGCCGCGCAGCCCUCGACCGCGCCAUCGUAGUCCACGGCGUUUCGGCUCCCGUUCAUCCAGCCGCAGGCGUUCACCUCGACGUACUGCCGAAGACCCGCCUAUCGGCCCGUGCUGGUACCACCAGCGCUUUGGUACCGAAGCCCGCCGCUGCACGAGGCCCUGUACCUGGUCGGGAAACGCGACCGGAGACCGGUAA